AUGUCAGAAGUAUACUGCCUAGAGCCGCCCUGCCGCGGCAGGGUAAUCUUACACACUACCGAAGGGGAGUUAGACAUCCGCCUCUGGAGCUCGCAAUGCCCGAAGGCCGUCCGCAAUUUCGUCCAGCUAUGCCUCGAGGGCUACUACAACAAUUGCAUCUUCCAUCGCAUAAUACCGCAGUUCAUGGUGCAGACCGGCGACCCGAGCGGCACGGGGCAUGGUGGCGAAUCAAUCUACGGGGAACCUUUCGAGAACGAGAUCAUGUCCCGGCUGAAGUUCAGGUACCGCGGGCUCGUUGGAAUGGCCAACACCGGAGGCAAGCAUUCUAAUGGCAGUCAAUUCUUCAUCACGCUAGAGCGCGCCGACUGCCUGAACGGCAAGUACACCCUCUUCGGCAAGGUCGAAGGCACCACCGUGUACAACCUCAUGAAGAUAGGCCAAGUGGAGGUGAACCCCGCCAACGACCGGCCUGUCAACCCGCCUAAAAUUAUCCGCGUUGAGGUGCUGGUGAACCCUUUCCCGGACAUACAACCACGCUUGGUGGCGUUUCACGUGCAGCAAGAAGAUGACGAGGAUUCUAAGCCUGCUGAGAAGGAGGUGGUAUCGGUGAGAAAGGCAUGCUUGCUAUCUUUCGGCGGUGACGGUGACAGCGACGACGGGGGCGCAGUGCCAGUGAAGAUAGCAAGAAAGGCAAAAAGCGCCCACGAGCUCCUCGAAGACCCCAAACUGUCCAAGCAGCCGGUAGCGCUGCGCGACGUAGAAGAGGCAGCAGCAGACGCAACCGCCAACGCCCAAGACACGGACGACAAUGGCCAAUAUGAAAUCGCAAAUGAACAAUCAGAAUCGAGCGCCGACGAGUCGGACGACCGCCGCAGAGAGAUCGAGAUGCUGCAGACCCAACUGAGGUCGAGGAAGCGAGGCGCGGACACAGCACUCAAGGGACACGACGGCGCGAGCUACAUGACCCGCAAGCAGAUGAAGCUGAAGGGAUCAAAACAGAACGUCAUGGAACGCUUCGCUGCCUUCACGAAGCGGCUGGGCAAACUUGCCAAGGACCCGACCCUGGCGGCCAAGGAGCAGCAGGAGACCGACGAAGAUCUCGCCGACGGCUCAUGGUUCGCGGGACGCAAGCUACAGUUCUCUGUAGAUUCAGUUAAGAUACUCAUCAAAACACUUACAGGGCAGCGCGUUCCUUUCGAUUUUGAACCCGGCGACACCGUCGCUCAGGUGAAGCGCAUCCUCCAGGAGAGCGAACCGGGCUUCGAAUUGCAGCAAAUACGGCUCAUAUACUCCGGUAAGCUAGGAGACGUCGCGGCAUCACACUCUGCGGCAGGUAGACACCUCUCGGAUGAGCUCACGCUCAAGGACUACAAGGUCACGCCUGGCUCUACCAUACACAUGGUUCUACAGUUGAGGGGGGGUUAG